CCUCCCCCCAGGAGCCAGUGGUGACAGCUGAAGCCAUGUGAGUUGGAUCCUGAAUGAGGCUUUAUCUCUGGCUCUUCGUCAUCGGCCACCGUCCACCAUCCACCAUGGCACCAGCUCCCUCGGGCAGCCGGGAUGGGACAGGCAACUGAGAGAGCCAGAGAGAUGAUGGUGCCUUUGCUCUGGACUGUGAGAGGAAUAGGACUUUGGACUUCCAGCUGCCAAGCAGGUGGUGGGGGCUCCAGGCCAUGAUCUGCACCCUCUAACCCUGGUGCUGCCCUCUGCCCUGACUUGCACCAGACCCGGCCAUGUCGGAAGGAGAGGCUCCUGCCCCGCGGGGCCGGGCGCUGCCCCCAGAUGUGCUGGCAGAGCAGGUGGAGUUAUGGUGGUCCCAGGAGCCACGGCGCUCGGCACUCUGCUUUGCCAUGGCGGUGGGCCUCGUGGCUGGCUGCGGGGCAGGCGGCGUGGCACUGCUCGCCUCUGGCCUGGUGCUGCUGGUCACCGGCCUGGCCCUGGCCGGGCUGGCCGCCGGCCGCCGCCCUGCCCGGCCACUGGCCGUCAUGCUGUCCGUGGGCAUCGCCCUGGCUGCCUCCGGCUCACUCUUGCUACUGGGCUUGCUGCUGUAUCAGGUGGGCGUGAGUGGACACUGCCCUCCCCUGCGCGCUGCCCGCUCCAUGCACAGUGACCACAGUGGCAGCGGCAGCAUCUUCAGCAUCUCAGGACGGCUCUCUGCUGGCCAGCGUCAUGAGACCACAUCCAGCAUCGCCAGCCUCAUCUGACCAAGCCGGAGCCCUUGCCACAGCUGCCUCAGCCUCAUGGACCUGUGCUGGCGUGUGAGUGUGUGUGUUUGUGUGACUGUGUGUGUGCACCUCCCCAGGACUGUCCGGCCCUACGGGAAGGUGAGUGUGUGUCUUCUUGGAACUGGGUGUUGUGUCCAUGGAACCGUCAGAGGCUGCCUGUCUGCACUGGGGUCUCCAGGCAGAGAAGUAUCUGGGGCCCCUGGAGAUUCUGGGCUCGCUCCUAUUCCCAACACCCCUCCAAGCCAAUCCUGCCUUCUCGCACUCCUCAGGGACUUCCCCAGGAGUGACUGCUGCCCACCCCGGAGACCGCACCAGCAAGUCUUCAUUGAGGAGAAUCACUGCUGGCGGAGUGGGCUCCGGGGCGUGACAGGCCUGCGUUGGAAUCCUCCUCGACCACUUCCCAGCUGGGCAACUUGGGCAAGUGACUUGGCGUCUCUGAGCCUCAGUUUUUGAGAGUCAUGGUUGUGGUCAUGAAUUCUGAGGAUCGAGUAUGGAAGGACGGGGUACAUUACAGAUGUGCAUUAAAAGUGGUGGCUGCUGUUA